AUGGCUCUUGGACUCGCUUCCGUAGCGGCAGUAGCUGGAGGUCUUGCGCACACCCCCCUCGCACUGCUCACCCUGAUACCACUUUUAGCUGUAGGAGUCAAUUACUAUAGAUACCAAAGUGUGGACCCGGAAACCAACCCAACCGACCAGCAAACGCUCAGACGAUACUAUGACUUCAUCGUGAUCGGAGCCGGAUCUGCUGGGGCGGUGGUGGCUUCGCGGCUGUCGGAGAUCGGGGACUGGUCGGUGCUGCUGCUGGAGGCCGGUGGCGACGAGAACGAGGUGACGGACGUGCCGUCGCUGGCCGGCUACUUGCAGCUGACCGAGUACGACUGGAAGUACCAGACGACGCCAUCGGCCGACCGGCGCUACUGCCAGGCGAUGAUCGGUGACCGGUGCAACUGGCCGCGCGGCAAGGUGAUGGGUGGCUCGUCGGUGCUGAACGCUAUGGUAUACGUGCGGGGGAACCGGCUCGACUACGACCAGUGGCUCGAGCAGGGUAACGUCGGCUGGGGCUACGAGAACGUGCUGCCGUACUUCAUCAAAUCGGAGGACAACCGGAAUCCGUACAUGGCCCGCUCGGCGUACCACGGCGUCGGCGGGUACCUGACCGUGCAGGAAGCGCCCUGGCGGACGCCCCUGUCGGCGGCGUUCGUGCGGGCCGGCGAGGAGAUGGGCUACGCAAACCGGGACGUGAACGGGGCCGACCAGACCGGCUUCAUGCUGCUGCAGGCGACGAUGCGGCGCGGCAGUCGCUGCAGCACCUCCAAGGCGUUCCUGCGGCCGGUGCGCCUGCGCACCAACCUUCACAUUGCCAUGAAGGCGCACGUCAGCCGGAUCCUGUUCGAUGGUGAGCACCGGGCGUACGGGGUCGAGUUCGUGCGCCACCAGAAGCGCCAGUACGUGUUCGCGAAGAAAGAGAUCGUCCUGUCGGCGGGCGCCCUCAACACGCCUCAGCUGCUGAUGCUGAGCGGCGUCGGGCCAGCCGCGCAUCUGGAGGACCUCGGGAUCCCGCUCGUGUCCGACCUACCGGUCGGCGAUAACCUGCAGGACCACGUGGGACUGGGCGGGCUGACGUUCCUGGUCGACCAGCCGGUCACGGUGAAGACGGCCCGCUACAGCUCAAUCCCGGUUGCGCUCGAGUACUUCCUGAACGAGCGCGGCCCGAUGACGUUCCCCGGCAUCGAGGGGGUCGCGUUCGUGAACACCAAGUACGCGGACCCGUCCGGCAAGUGGCCCGAUAUCCAGUUCCACUUUGGGCCGAGCUCGGUCAACUCGGACGGUGGCCAGAACAUCCGCAAGAUCCUGAACCUUCGGGACGGCUUCUACAACACCGUGUACAAGCCGAUCCAGAACGCGGAGACGUGGACCAUCCUGCCGCUGCUGCUGCGCCCGAAGAGCACCGGCUGGGUGCGGCUCCGCUCCACCAACCCGUUCGUGCAGCCGUCGAUCGAGCCGAACUACUUCGCGCACCCGGACGACGUGGCCGUGCUGGUCGAGGGCAUCAAGCUGGCGAUCAACGUCUCGCACACGCAGGCCUUCCGGCGCUUCAACUCGCGGCCCCACGCGAUCCCGCUGCCCGGCUGCCGCCACCUGCCCUUCAUGUCCGACGAGUACUGGGCGUGCACGGUCCGGCAGUUCACCUUCACCAUCUACCACCCGGCCGGCACGGCCAAGAUGGGCCCCAGCUGGGACCCGGGCGCCGUCGUCGACCCGCGGCUCCGCGUUUACGGUGUGUCCGGGUUGCGCGUGGUCGACGCCAGCGUCAUGCCGACCAUCAUCAGCGGCAAUCCGAACGCACCCGUCAUCAUGAUCGGCGAGAAGGCAUCCGACAUGAUCAAGGAGGACUGGGGCCGUCUCGUCCACGGAUCCCAACGAUCCCACCACCGACACACGCACACUCAUACCAACAUGGUGUUCAACAUACUGAUAGCAUCGUCUGUGAUCAAAACGGCCACCGUCGUUGGCUCUAGUCUGUGGCUGAUCCCGUUUCUGCUCGGGGCCAUCUCCUACUACCGGUACGACCGGGUCGAUCCGGAGUCGCGCGUCAUCAACCAGGAGGCGCUACAGCCCGAGUACGACUUCGUCGUGGUCGGCGGCGGCUCGGCCGGAGCGGUCGUCGCGAACCGGCUGACCGAGGUGCACCGAUGGAAGGUGCUGCUGUUGGAAGCCGGCCCGGACGAGAACGAAAUCUCGGACGUUCCGUCGCUGGCCGGCUACCUGCAGCUGAGCAAGCUCGACUGGGGGUACAAGACGGAGCCGACGGGCAAGGCAUGCCUGGGCAUGGUCAAUAACCGCUGCAACUGGCCCCGUGGCAAGGUCCUGGGCGGCUCUUCCGUGCUCAACUACAUGAUCUACGUGCGCGGGAACCGGCACGACUUCAACCACUGGGAAUCCCUGGGGAACCCUGGCUGGGGCUUCGACGACGUGCUGCAGUACUUCAUCAAGUCGGAGGACAACCGAAACCCGUACCUGGCGCGCAACCCGUACCACGGCCAGGGUGGCUUCCUGACGGUGCAGGAGGCCCCCUGGCACACGCCGCUGGUGGCGGCCUUCGUCGAGGCGGGCACCGAGCUUGGGUACGAGAACCGGGACAUCAACGGCGAGCGGCAGACCGGGUUCAUGAUCGCGCAGGGCACGAUCCGGCGCGGCAGCCGCUGCAGCACGGCCAAGGCGUUCCUGCGACCGAUCCGGUUGCGCAAGAACCUGCACAUCGCGAUGAACGCCCACGUCACGAAGGUCACCAUCGACCCGGACACGAAGCACGCGGUCGGCGUGGAGUUUUACCGGGGCGGCAAGCGCCAGUUCGUGCGGGCCAAGAAGGAGAUCAUCCUGGCGGCCGGGUCGAUCAACACGCCCCAGCUACUGCUCCUGUCAGGGAUCGGCCCGAGGGCGCACCUAACCGACGUCGGCAUCCCGACGAUCCAGGAUCUGGCGGUCGGCGAGAAUCUGCAGGAUCACGUCGGGAUGGGAGGGCUAACGUUUCUGGUCGACAAGCCGGUCGCGAUCCUGCAGAACCGGCUCGAGGCCGGCUCGGUGACGAUGAACUACGUGAUCAACGAGCGCGGCCCGAUGACCAUUCUGGGCGGCCUGGAGGGCGUCGCGUUCGUGAACACACCGUUCGCGAACCUCACCGACGAUUGGCCCGACAUCCAGUUCCACAUGGCGCCGGCCUCGCUCAACUCGGACGGAGGCGCCCGGGUCAAAAAGAUUCUCGGCCUCCGGGAGGACCUCUACAAGGAGGUGUUCCACCCGAUCGAGGACACGUACAGCUGGACGAUCAUGCCGCUGCUGCUGCGGCCCCGGUCUCGCGGCUGGGUACGGCUCAAGUCCAAGAAUCCGUUCCACUAUCCGCUCAUGAACCCGAACUACUUCGAAGAUCCGUUCGAUGCGGCCACGCUCGUCGAGGGCGCCAAGAUUGCGCUGCGCGUCGGUGACGCCAAGGUGUUCAAACAGUUCGGCAACCGGCUGCACCGGAAGCCGUUGCCCAACUGCCGGCAGCACAAGUUCCUGUCGGACGCGUACCUCGACUGUCAGGUGCGCACCAUCUCGAUGACCAUCUACCAUCCGGUCGGCACGGCCAAAAUGGGACCUCACUGGGAUCCGGGUGCUGUCGUCGAUCCGCGGCUACGCGUGUACGGUGUGUCGGGGCUGCGGGUGAUCGACGCCAGCGUCAUGCCGACGAUCGUUAGCGGCAACACGAACGCGGCCGUCAUCAUGAUCGGCGAAAAGGGCGCCCACAUGAUCAAGGAGGACUGGCUCGGGCAGGACCGGUGAGUGAGAGACACCGGAUUACCGACCCAGCCACCGUGUGCCAUUUUGCCACCGACAGAGAGAGAGGGAGAGAGUCCAGUACGAGUCGGACGAGGUCCCACAGAUGUGCGAGUGUGUUAGUGUGUGUAUAUAUAGUCCAGAAGCAGCAGCAGUUCCACUGUGCCGGAAGACCUCACCAGGUGUCCAGGGGGCGCUUCUUCUGCCAAAUUACCUCCCCGCG